AUCGUGAGAAAGUCUGGGAGUGGCAGGAAGGAGGAGUGGCAGAGGAGAAAGAAGAAGAAAGAGGAGGACGGAGAGGUCCAGCAGUUGUAGACGAAUCAGGAUUUUGACCUGAAUAUUUUCACAACAUCCUUCCAUUUACGGCAGCAGUAUGGCUGAGGGCUCAGUGAGUAUAGCAGAGGUGGAGACAUCCUUCCAGAAGUUUGCAGUCCAUGGAGACACUAAGGCCACAGGGAAGGAAAUGAACGGCAAGAACUUUGCCAAAAUCUGCAAGGACUGUCACAUCAUCGAUGGCAAGAACGUCACCACUACAGAUGUUGACAUAGUUUUCAGCAAAGUCAAGGCAAAGUCAGCUCGUGUAAUUACAUUUGAGCAGUUCAACCAGGCCCUGAUGGAGUUGGCUCCCAAACGUUUUAAAGGCAAAAGCAAAGAGGAGGCGCUUCAGCAGCUCUAUGGUCUCAUUGCUGGGAAGGAGCCUGCCAACAUCGGAGUUACUAAAGUGGCAAAGGCAGCAGCAGUAGACAGACUGACCGAUGCCACCAAGUACACUGGAGCACACAAGGAGCGGUUCGAUGAGUCAGGAAAAGGAAGAGGAAAGGCCGGGCGCGAGGACAUCCCAGACACUAGUGGCUAUGUGGGAUCUUACAAGGGCAGCGGCACUUAUGAUGAAAAAGUGAAAGAAGCAUAAUGCUGUUGUCAGAUUAUGAAAACUUUGUUUCACCAAAAACCUGAUUUGGGCUGUUAAAAAACAACAUUAUUUCAUUGGCUACUCUAUUUUUGAAGACAAAACAAAUAUACUGUAUAGGUCCUCUAUGGUCAGCCUUUAUAACACUUGUUGGAUCCAUGCAAAACAAUUACAGACAAAAACAUAGUGGAGUUUCAAGGUUUUCACAAGUGACAACCAGGAAAGAAAUUACAGAAACAAUUUCCUGAAUUCAUCCAAAAAUAAUGAAAACACUUAGCUGCAUUAAGUUGAGAACCUUUAUAAUGGGUUGUAGCAUGAACAACUGAUAUUGUUCUCUAUAGUGUUAGUGACUUUACAGGAACAAAAUAAUUAAACUUUAACCACUUUCAACCAAGCAGGCAUCAUAGAAACUAACUCUGCAUGUAGUUUAAAACUGUGCCUUACUACUGAUGUGGCUGAUAGCGUGAAUGCUCUGAAAUACAAUAAUGUGCUGCUAUUCUCAGUUACCUUGAUGCAAUUUAUGGUAAAUGUGCAGGUUUCAUGAAAUAACAAUGUCGUUCUUUCACUUGCUAAACUUAUCUCUUCAUAUUUCAGAGCCCUUUGCCCCAUGACCAAUCAGUGCCCGUUAUUAUUCUUUCCAUAGAAUCUGUUCAUAUCAUGAAAUAAACUGUACAUUUACAAGUUGGACUAUGUAGAAAACAUGAUUUAUCUCUCUCAUUUCAGUGACAUAGGUGGGAUGCUGCAAUAUAACUUCAUAACAUAACAAAAUUAAGAUGUUUUUGUUAUGGCUGGCUGGCUCUAGUGGCCUUACAAUGGUAGCAGGAGGAAGUUGAGUGACAUAUUAUAAAUAGACAAAGUCCAUGAAAGGAGGUGGAUGGAUGGGUCAAACUGAGGACUUUCACACAGGAGAACGGUAUUUGAGUCCCAUGUGAAACAAAGUAAUUGUUGAGUUAUUGUUAGGUUAAAUAGCGUUACUGACUUCCAUCACUUGAGUUACAUGCAAGUACUUAAUUUACUUUAACCCAAAACACAAUGUUUUCCUUAACAUAAGCAAGUAGUUUUGUUGUCAAAAUCUAACAAAACUGUGGCUGUUUUACGUCAACCACGUGUUUAAUGUCAUGUGACUUAUCCAUACCUUGGGAUUUGAGAGGUUACUGUUUUUUUAUUUGACAGGGACAAUGCACAAAAUAUGUAUUGUACCAAACAUAGCUAAAAGCUAAUUCUCAUGUGCAGUCCCUGGGCAGGUGCCAGUAGUGUGCAGGAUAUUACUAUUAAAGAUUAAUAAUAAAUACAAAUCUUAGAUUUCAUAAAAAGCCGACCAAAUCAGACCACACAUAACACACUCAAAUAUCAAUCCUCCCAAAACAAAACAAUAAUACAUUUCCAUAUAAAACACAACAACAUCAACAAUCGCAAUCUAAAAAUACACAAUCCAUCAGUACAAAACAUUAACCUGGCACACAAGACCAAUACUGUCCACAUUCAGUGUCUCACAGCUCAAUGAGUACAUAUUUGAUUGUCCCUGAACUAAAUUUUCAUACUUUCAUACUUUACCUAUAUUACAGUAAUAAUGAGAAUUAAGUUUUUCUCUAAAUGCUUGCUUAUACGGACUCUGGAGUGGUUGCAUUAAUGUACUACCUGUUUGAGACCAGGUUGACUACAGUAUGAAAAAUGUGACAAUAUCAUUGCAUGCAUACAGUUUUGCUGACCACUAUCAAUAAUCACAUACAUAUUUAAUGUGCUGAACAUGCUGUACCCUUUGUCCUUUGAUAUUAAUUUCAUGAGGAGGGCAAUUGCUUUCCCUAAAGCAAAAAACAUACCGACCAUCUUGGAUAAAUUUAGUGUCAAGCAUGAACAUGUCAUCCAAUCUGCAAUUUUCUCCAUAGCCUCUGUGGGUAGAGAUGCAGCUUGCUGUUUUGAUGUAGCAUGAACAUAAAUGACCAUAUAACUUUUGUA